CCGAGUGGAGCCGAGCGGCGCGGCGCGGCGCGGCGCCGCGCGGAGGGUGGGCAGGGAUGGCGGAGCAGUGGGAUCUGGACGAGGAGGUCAUCCGCCGCCUGGGGGCGCUGACUCUGGAGAAAGCCGAAUUGGUGGAGUCUCUUUCAUUGCAGGGAUCCUAUGCUGGAAAAAUCCAUUCCAUUGGUGACGCCUUCAGAAAUUUUAAAAACCUCCGAUCCUUAGAUUUAUCAAGAAAUUUGAUCACUAGCCUGAAGGGCAUCCAGUAUUUAUGUUCACUCCAAGACCUGAAUUUAUACUAUAACAACAUUCCUUCAUUAGUGGAGGUGUCCCGCCUACAGCCUUUACCCUUCCUCAAAGAACUAGAUUUGAGACUCAAUCCUGUUGUCAGGAAAGAUACAGAUUAUAGGCUUUUUGCUGUGUACACGCUACAAACUCUGGAGAAACUGGAUGACCGAGCCGUGAGAGAAAGUGAGAGAAAAGCUGCCAAGCUGCAUUUUAGUCAGUUGGGCAACAGUGAAAAUUUUCUUUUAGAAGUGGAAAAAAGGGAGAAGACAAUGAAAAACUGUGUGACCGAUGAGAGCUCUGCAUCAAAAGUCAGUACUGAUGUUGACAACAGAAUUGAAACUGAUUCAAACAAAGGACUAUUUAUUCCCUUUCCCAGCCGGGAAAUAAAGGAUUCCCUAACCAGCACUUCAACAACCCAAUGCAACAGUAUACCAGAUCAGAAAUUAGACACUUUUUCACUGGGGACACAGAUGCAGGAAGUGGCGAGAAGGGAGCUGCCAAGUGAUAAUCACCAGGAAGAUGAAUUCAGACACUACUCACCUCGCCAGUCCACAGUUCGAUCCCCGGAGAAGAUGGCUAGAGAAGGGUAUCGAAUAUCUUUUGUGGACCAUAAGUCUUCAGGUUCUUCUCCAGAAAAGGACACGAUACCAAAACCUGAUACUUACCAGCUUACCCAUGAUGCCUUAUUGGAUCUCUAUGCCACAACCCAUUUCAACAGUGAUCCUGCUCUGCUGGUCAAUGUGGAUCAACAAUUAUCCAGCAGCCUUGGGGAUUUAACACCAGCACAUGGUUCUUUCCCAAACAACUCCAUCCUGGGAAACUCUCUACACACACUGCUGUUGCCUACUGGGACUUCAGAAAACAGAGAGAGUUUGACCAAGAGGUCAUUAAGCCCGUCGAGGAGAGGAUUCAAACGGAAAGACAAUAUCCUUGCCACACUGAAUCCAAAGCAUGGUUUUAGAGAUGCUGCCUGCAACGAGCCUCUCUCUAGUGACCUGGGCAGUUUGCAUGGUUUGCCAGGAAACCACAGUCCCCAGAUCUCUGCCAGAACCUCCCAUGUGGCCACUGUCCUCAGACAGCUCCUAGAGCUUGUAGAUAAGCACUGGACCGGCUCUGGCUCCCUCCUCCUCAAUAAGAAGUUUCUCGGUCCUGCCCGAGAUUUGCUUCUGACUUUGGUAGUCCCUGCUCCUUCUCAGCAGUGGUGUCCCUCACAUCCUGAAGAUGCAUCAAAAGCCUUCCGCAGGAGGGAAAUGGAACUGAAGGAGGCUGGGCAGGCGGUCCCUAAUGACAUGGAAAGUUUGAAGCAAAAACUGGUCAGAGUACUGGAGGAAAACCUCAUUUUAUCAGAAAAAAUCCAGCAGUUGGAGGAAGGUGCUGCCACUUCUAUUCUGAGUGGGCACCAGCCCCACACUUAUGAUGAUCUUCUGCGUAAAAACCAACAGCUGAACAUGCAGGUGGCUUGCCUGAACCAGGAGCUUGCCCAGCUGAAAAAACUGGAGGAGACAGUGGCCCUCCUUCAUGAAAGUCAGAGGUCCCUGGUGGUAACUAAUGAGUAUCUCCUGCAGCAGCUGAAUAAAGAGCAAAAAAGUUAUUCUGGGAAAGCACUCCUGCCUCCUGAGAAGAGCCAUCAUUUGGAGAGAUCAUCACCCUUUGGGAAAAGCACGCUGUCUUCCUCCUCACCAGUGGCACAUGACACGGGUCAGUAUCUAAUACAGAGUGUCUCAGACUCUGCCCCAGAGCCUAGUUUAUGGAGCUAG